AUGAUGUGAAACUGUCCUUCAUCGGGUCAGGCAAAACAAACCGAGGAAUUCAGCCGACCCCUAUACAUUUGUAAAUCCUUAAACCUGACUUCAUUUAAUCCAGACAUACAUCUGGUUCAUUGUUUUGUCAGAUCCUCACAAAUCCUGCUUUUAAAUCUUCCUUUUUGCGAACUAUUAAGGAAUCCCACACGGUAAAUCUGCUUUGCGUUAAUCAUUACUGCACGCUGCAUCCUGGGCUAUUUUCCUUGAAUAAGCAACUUUACUGUACUGGUACAGAGGAUCAUAUGAUUCAGUUUAAACAGCUACAAUUUACCGCUGGAAUCGCAACAAAGAAGCUUCGUUUCUGUUUUGUAGAUGGCUCAGAAGAGUUGGCACCAAUAUAUUCGAGCUACAUCUUGAUAUUUUCACAGUUAACACGCUUUGGGGUGAGGGAAUACUGUAUGUCAUUCGGCUUUGUUUUGAUGCGAGAUACAAAAAAAACAGAGUAAGCUAAGCGUUUUUUUGUUCACAAACUCCACUCAUCCAGCACAAAAAGUGCGAGCAAGGGCACUACAAGUAUUAAUGACAGUAUCUGGAAAGGAAAUACCUCAGAGGGAUAUGGCAGUGUUGUCAGAAAAAGCAAAAACUGUGGCGAAGAUGGCCGGAGGAGAGUAGCCUUCAGUAGCUCCCGGGUUACCGUCACGGUUCAUCUCCGGGCCCCGAGACUGAGAGGCUACCCGCACAGGGAGCACCGUGACAGCGGGGACAUGGACCGUGGCGACUCCAUUGAAGCACCUGCUCUGCUAUCCUUGAUUUCUCAUCCUUUUCACACCACUGACCGUUUGCCCCCCUUUGUUGACAACAUUACAACGACAAUAACCGUGAACAACCAACAUAAACGUGUGCAACAAAUGAACCGUGCUGGACUCAGAAAACAGCGGGUGUGAGGCGUGGAGACGCCGGGGCGAGGCGCAGCUCCUUCACAACGGCAGCUCGCCUACGGCAGCUGAAGAGACUUGGUACCGAAGGAGGGAGUGGCGCAUCUCACACAAGUCCCAGGGGCUGCUGCUGCUUGACGAACUGGUGGAGGCCUGGUGAACUGGGGGUAUCUUGGAGAACUGGUAGUACCAUGGUGAACUAGAGAUACCCUGGCAAGCUGUGGAGUCCUGGAGACCUGGUAGUACCGUUGUGAACUAGAGGUGCUCUGGUGAGCUGGGGGUGUCUUGGAGAACUGGUAGUACCGUUGUGAACUAGAGGUGCUCUGGUGAGCUGGGGGUGCUCUGGCCAAGUCAAGACCAUCCAGCUCUGCUGGCACACACAUGGCCAAGCCAGGCAUACUGUGCAUUGUCUCCUGGGGAGCCCCGUUGAGGCUCUCCUAACGCCAGUGGAGUCUGGACUGUAAGGCUCACCCAGUGCUCUGUGCCCUUCAGGAUUCCGACUGUGUUAGUGUUUUACAGUAUAUAAGGACCAGGCUGGUCUGCAGUCAGACGUACAGAGGCGAAAAUGGGCAAGCUACUGAUCUGUGUUGGUCUCGCACUCCUGCUGCACGUGCAGCUUGGAUAUUCCUAUGUCCUGUCAUGCUACUUCACCAACUGGGGCCAGUACAGACCAGGAGCUGGGAAAUACUUCCCUACCAAUGUCGACCCAUGCCUGUGUGACCAUCUGAUUUACGCCUUCGCUGGGAUGAGCAACAAUCAGAUUAAGACCUACGAGUGGGACGAUGUCAAGCUCUAUGGAGAGUUCAACGGCCUCAAGAACCAGAACGGAAACCUCAAGACCCUCCUGGCUAUUGGUGGCUGGAACUUUGGAACUGCUCAGUUCUCCGCCAUGGUGGCCAGCCCCAGCACCCGUCAGACCUUCAUCCAGUCGGUGAUUAAAUUCCUGAGGCAGUACGAGUUCGACGGCCUGGACCUGGACUGGGAGUAUCCCGGCUCCAGAGGCAGCCCUGCCCAGGACAAGCAGCUCUUCACCACCCUUGUCCAGGAAUUGCUGGCUGCCUUUGAGGCUGAGGCCAAGCAGACCAACCGUCCUCGUCUGAUGGUGACCGCUGCAGUGUCGGCCGGCAAGAGCACCAUCGACUCUGGAUACCAGAUCGCCCAGGUCUCCCAGUACCUGGAUUACCUGCAUGUGAUGACCUAUGACUUCCACGGCUCCUGGGAGCGUCAGACUGGUGAGAACAGCCCCCUGUACAAGGGACCUGCUGACCAGGGCAGCUACAUCUACUUCAACGUGGACUACGCCAUGAACUACUGGAAGAGCAACGGUGCUCCUGCUCAGAAACUGCUGGUUGGCUUCCCCACCUACGGACACACCUUUGUGCUGGCCAACCCCUCCAACAACGGUGUGGGAGCCCCCGCGUCUGGCCCUGGCCCUGCUGGGACCUACACCAGGCAGUCUGGCUUCUGGGCCUACUAUGAGAUCUGCACCUUCCUCAAACAGGGAGCCACUCAGGCUUGGGAUGCCCCACAGGAUGUCCCCUAUGCUUACAGUGGAAACACCUGGGUGGGCUAUGAUAACGUGAAGAGCUUCCAGAUCAAGAUCGAUUGGCUCAAGCAGAACAACUUCGGAGGAGCAAUGGUUUGGAGCCUUGACCUGGACGACUUCAGUGGCACCUUCUGUGGGCAGGGCAAAUACCCUCUGAUCAACACCCUGAGGAACGGGCUCGGGACCUCCAGCUCAGGCUGCACCCCCCUACCCCAGCCCCUGCCCCCUGUGACUCAGGCGCCCAACACUCCAGCAGGGGGUGGCGGCAGCGGAGGCGGCAGCAGUGGUGGCAGCAGCGGAGGUGGCAGCAGCGGAGGGAGUGGGAGUGGCUUCUGUGCCGGCAAAGCCAACGGCCUGUAUCCCGACGCCUCCAACAAGAACCACUUCUGGCACUGCAUGAACGGCGAGACCUACAACCAGCACUGCGCGGCCGGCCUGGUGUUCGACCCCAGCUGCUCCUGCUGCAACUGGGUCUGAGCGGCCUCGCAGCUCGAACCCCUGCCAGCCCCCCUCUCCUCCCCUGACCUUCUCCCUGACCUCGACUGACUCUCCUGUGUAAUCAGCAACCCAGCACUUAAAUUAAAGCCCUGCAA